AUGUCAGCUGGACGCCUUCUCAAGCAAGCAGGCAUUCCUGUACCAAACUACUUUGCCAUGCAGACAUCCGCAGCAAGCACCGAACAAGAAGACGACGACAUCCUGCACGACCUCGUCGAGUUUUGCGAGUACUUUGAGCAGCGUCCAGAGCUAUCACGCGCACAGCAGCACAACGUACAAACUGUCAUGCUGCCAGGACUCGAUGCCAUGCGCGCGUACUUUGCAGGACUCCAGCAUGUCGAGAAUCUAGACUUGCUCAAGCUGAUUGGCAAAUGGGUAGGUCAUUUACGCAACCUGCUAGCUGGUCGUAAAGACCUCGAUCGUCAUCUCAAGCGAGACCUCGAGGAAGCACGUCGUAAGUCAUCAGUCACAGACAUGUCUAAUCUUCAAGGAAAGCUCAAAACUUGCAUCAGUGCAUUAUGCGUGAGUGAGAUGCUCAAGGAGUUGACACCUGCACGUCCAUUGAGUGACCAGACCGUCUCUCGUGCGCGUCAUGCCGCAGCUAUUGCCCGUCGUUGA